AUGCAAAAACAUCGUGUGGACAAGCAAAAAGAAAAAAGAGACUCUCUGAGGACGGACAUCUCAGCCUUCAGCCGUGACAUCGAGCAGAUCAGAAGAGAUGAAACACAGGUCCUGAUAGAGUCUGCGAAGUCAGCCGCCUCUGCCUCGAACUCCACAGUCAGUAACAUAACAGAGAGGCUGAGCAACAUCAGCCGGGAAGUGGACAGAAUAACUUUAACCAACGUCAGCGUGAACAUGUUGAUCGAUGCAAACCGAGCAGUGGAGAACCUGGCGGCGGCUCUUCCUGCGCUGAAAGACAAAAUCACUCGAGUUGAGGCCCUCAGUGGCACCAAACCAGGAGGCGACUUGACAGACGUCAUCUGGAUGAUCAAGGAUUUGAUAGAGGAAGCAAGAACCUACGUGAACAGAGUUCCAGUUGCCACUAUUUUCAACGGAAAAGGUCACGUGGAGCUUCGUCCUCCGAGAAACCUCGAAGACAUAAAAGCAUUUUCGGUGAUUGAACUGUUUCUCAAUCGCCAUCGAAACAAUCGCCCAAAGGCCGACAACAGACGUAAGAGACGCCAGGACAAACGCAGAGAUGGCAACUUCUUUGUUUUCUACCUGGGCAACAGGAAUGCCUCUGGAGACUACAUUGGGAUGGCUAUCAGAAACAAUGUGCUGAUUUGUGUCUACAAGUUGGGUGGAGUUGUCCAUGAAGUGAAAACCAGCCCAAUCACAACGACUACCAACGUGAACUCCACAAACAUUGACACGGUUCACUUUUCCAGAGUUUACCAAGAUGCUCGAGUUGACAUCAUCAGAUCAGACGCCCCCUUCGUGAAACAACUUCUUUCAAACUCCAGCUACAACGUCCUCGAACUGGAUCCAGACAGCGUUGUUUUCUACGUGGGUGGCUAUCCGAAGAACUUCACGCCUCCAGUGGAGCUGCGUUACAACAAAUACAGAGGAGCGAUGCAAAUGACCAGCGUGAACGGAGAUCCUGUUUGUCUGUUCAACUUCAAGCGUGCUGAAAACAUGAAUCCAAAGCAGCCGUCCGUGAUGGUGCCUCGUGGUUUGGAGGCGUCUGAUUAUUAUGAUGGGACGGGUUACCGCAUGGCGUUCACGAAAGAGCCGCACGAGAUCAGGAGACGACUGUACAAGUUUGAUGUGAAGAGCCGAGAGCCAAACGCUUUGUUGUUCUACAUUGGAACAGAAGUAUGAUUGCAGUCAAACACUUACUGAUGACUUUGAGCACCACAAAUGGGAAACUGCACGUCUACAUGGUGGAUGUGUUUGUGUUUUAUCUGUUGCAGGAGACUUUCUUCUGUGUGUCUGUGGAGAGAGGAUUCCUGGUGCUUCAAGGACAACAAGCAGGUCGAAAGAUCAGACUUCAGAGUCCUGACAAAGUGUCU